AUGAGAGUGGCGGUGAUCGGAGGUGGGAUAAGUGGGUUGGGAAGUGCUUACGUUCUUGCAGGAGAAGAUGGAAUUGAGGAGGUGGUGUUGUUCGAGAAGGAAGAGUCUUUAGGAGGCCAUGCUAAAACGAUGCGUUUUGAUGGCGUUGACUUGGACCUUGGGUUCAUAGUUUUCAAUCCUGUUACGUAUCCGAACAUGAUGGAGUUCUUCAAGAAUCUUGGAGUAGACAUGGAGGUUUCAGACCUGUCUUUCUCAGUGAGCCUUGAUAAUGGCAAAGGCUACGAAUGGGGAAGCCGCAACGGCCUCUCGAGCUUUCUCGCUCAGAAGAGUAACGUUCUCAAUCCGCAUUUCUGGCAAAUUCUCUCAGAUAACGUGAAGUUUAAGAAAGACUUGGAAAAAUAUAUUGAAAAGCUGGAGCAUAACCCUGACACCGACCGAAAUGAAACACUAGGAGAGUUUCUCAAGUCUCAUGGAUACUCUGACUUGUUUCAAAAGGCUUACUUGGUGCCGGCAUGUUCUUCCGUUUGGCUAUGCCCAUCAGACGACGUCCUUAACUUUCCGGCUUACUCUGUUCUUUCGUUUUUCGGCAACCACGAUUUGCUUCAGCUCUUUGGGAGGCCACAUUGGCUGACUGUUGCAGGACGCUCUCAGACUUAUGUGGCAAAGGCUAGGGCAGAAUUGGAGAAACGAGGAUGUAAGAUUAGAACAAGUUGCAGUGUUCAGUCUGUUGCUACAUCUGAGGAUGGUCACGUCACAGUAACAACAGAAGAUGGAUCUCAAGAAGUAUUCGAUAGGUGUGUAUUAGCUGUGCACGCUACAGAUGCUCUGAGAUUGCUUGGAGGACAAGUUACACAUGAUGAGACUAGGGUUCUUGGUGCUUUCCAAUAUGCCAACAGCGAUCUUUAUCUCCACCGUGACACUGAUCUGAUGCCGUUGAAUCAUUCUGCGUGGAGCGCAUGGAAUUUCAAAACAAGUUCUGAAAACAAAUCUAGCCUCACAUAUUGGCUCAAUAUAAUCCAGAAUCUUGGAGAGGAACAUGACCCAUUCUUUCUCACAUUUAACCCUGAAGUUGCCCCAAAGAAAAUAUUGCACAAAUGGACCACUGGUCAUCUUCUGCCCUCUGUUUCCGCUUUGAAAGGGUCAACAGACCUGAACAAGAUUCAAGGGAAACGUGGUCUAUGGUUCUGUGGUGCUUACCAAGGCUAUGGUUUUCAUGAAGACGGGCUAAAGGCUGGGAUGUCGGCUGCGAAAGGUCUGCUAGGGAAAGAUAUGGUGACUCAUCUGAGCAACCCGAAACAAAUGGUCCCAUCUCUAACCGAGAAAGGGGCUCGUUCUUUCUUUACUAAAUUCAUGAGAAAUUUCAUAUUAACCGGUUGUGUAACAUUAAUUGAAGAAGGAGGAACAAUGUUCACUUUCCAAGGAAAUGAUUCGAGAUGUCACUUGAAAUCUGUCUUACAGAUUCACAGUCCUCAGUUUUACUGGAAGGUUAUGACAGAAGCAGAUUUAGGAUUUGCUGAUGCUUAUAUCAAUGGAGACUUUUCGUUUCAUGAUAAGGAAACAGGACUUCUGGAUCUGUUCAUGAUUCUUAUUGCUAACAAAGAAUUAAACGCAAAGAACUCAGAUCUUACUAAGAAAAGGGGAUGGUGGACACCGAUGUUUCUGACUGCUGGUAUAGCAUCUACAAAGAAUUUCCUCAAGCAUGUCUCAAGACAGAACACUUUAACUCAAGCUCGAAGGAACAUUUCUCGUCACUAUGACCUCAGUAAUGAGCUUUUUGCUUUGUUCUUGGAUGAUACCAUGACUUAUUCCUCUGCGGUAUUCAAGUCGGAAACUGAGGAUCUCAGAACAGCACAAAUGAGAAAAAUCUCUCUUCUUAUUGAUAAGGCGAGAAUAGAGAAGAACCAUGAGGUAUUGGAGAUUGGAUGCGGAUGGGGAACUUUAGCCAUAGAAGUAGUGAGAAGAACUGGAUGCAAAUACACUGGCAUUACUAUAUCUAUUGAACAGCUCAAAUAUGCAGAAGAAAAAGUGAAAGAAGCUGGACUUGAGGAUCGGAUUAAGUUUGAGCUGUGUGAUUACCGCCAACUAUCUGAUGCUCAGAAAUAUGACAGGAUUAUAUCUUGUGAGAUGUUAGAAGCUGUUGGACACGAGUUCAUGGAGACAUUUUUCGUUCACUGUGAAGCUGCACUUGCAGAAGACGGCAUUUUUGUCCUUCAGUUCAUAUCGAUACCCGAACAGCGUUAUGAUGAGUACAGACAAAGUUCAGAUUUCAUAAAAGAAUACAUAUUCCCUGGUGGAUGUCUUCCUUCUUUAGCUAGAGUCACUUCAGCUAUGGCCUCUUCUUCUAAGCUAUGCAUUGAAAACGUUGAGAACAUUGGGAUCCAUUACUACCAGACUUUGAGAUGCUGGAGGAAGACCUUCUUGGACAGACAAAAUGAAAUUAAGGAUCUUGGAUUCGACGAUAAAUUCAUAAGGACAUGGGAGUACUACUUCGAUUAUUGUGCAGCUGGUUUCAAGACUCUUACACUUGGCAACUACCAGGUAGUGUUCUCACGUCCAGGGAAUGUAGCUGCAUUAAGGGAUCCAUUCUGUAGCUUCCCUUCUGCUCAGAACAUAGACAAGGUUAUAUGA